AACUGUAAACACGGAAGUUGCGCUACUUCAUUCUCAUGUGUGCUAAAACCGGCUAGCUCCCACAAGAAUUACUCGUUACCUAAUCAGUAUUUUUACACUCAACCGCUACCUAAAUGAAGCUUAAAUAUGCAUAAGUGUCGUUUUGCAGGAAAAUGAAGAGUCUUAGAUUCAGUUUGUUUACUUUUCGGUGUCUGAAAAAUGCUCGGCUAGCUCCUGUUAGCUAGUUAGCAUUCGAGAGGAAUGGCAGCUAAAAAGGAGAAAACAUUUAAGUUUGUGAUCGUGGGAGGUGGCAUCGCGGGUGUGACAUGCGUUGAACAGCUGACAUCCCAGAUUCCCUCAGCAGACGUGGCUCUGAUCACUGCAGGUCAUCACAUCAAGGCAGUGACCAACUAUAAGCAGCUGACCGUCAUCCAUUCUGCUGUCAAAUCGCUUCACACAGAAACACAUUCUCUGGAAACUGCCGACGGCCGGGUUUUUGGAUAUGAGAAGCUGUGCAUCUGCAGCGGGGGCAGACCCAAGCUCCUGACCCAGGACAACCCCUAUGUGCUGGGGAUACGGGACACAGACAGCGCUCAGGAGUUUCAGAAGCUCUUAUCCAAAGCAAAGAGAAUCGUUGUUGUUGGAAAUGGAGGGAUUGCCUUGGAAUUAGUGUACGAGGUGGAGGGCUGCGAAGUGAUCUGGGCGGUGAAGGACAAGGCCAUAGGAAACACCUUCUUUGACGCCGGAGCUGCACAGUUCCUCAUCCCGUCGCUCGAGGCCGACAAGCCCGAGGUAGCUGCUCCCUGCAAGAGGACCCGCUACACUACAGAGGAACCAGCGCCUGGAGCCUCGCAGACCUUCACAGCAGAGCCUGGUAGCGCUCUGGGUCCCGACUGGCACGAAGGAAUAGCUCUUCGAGGAGCGCAGCAGGUUUCCCGCAGAGUUUCAGUGGAAUACCAGUGCGAAGUGGAAAAGAUCUUCACCUCCGAGGAGCUCCUCAAUUCCCCACAGCAAACACUAAGACCCGAGAGCGCAGGAUCCUGGCCGGUUUACGUCCAGCUGACCAAUGGCAAAACAUUUGGCUGUGACUUGGUUGUCAGCGCCACCGGUGUCGUGCCAAACGCUGAGCCGUUUCUCCAUGGCAACACUUUUGCAGUGGCAGGUGAUGGCGGCCUGCGAGUGGACGACCACAUGAUGACGUCAGAGCCGGACGUGUACGCAGCAGGAGACGUUUGCACUGCAUGCUGGGAGCUCAGCUCACUGUGGCAACAGAUGCGUUUGUGGACUCAGGCCCGUCAGAUGGGCUGGUACGCCGGCCGCUGUAUGGCAGCACACGUCCUCUCAGAACCCAUCGAGCUGGACUUCUGCUUUGAACUCUUCUCACACAUUACAAAAUUCUUCAACUACAAGGUGGUCUUGCUGGGAAAGUUUAACGGGCAGGGGCUGGGCUCCGACCACGAGCUGCUGGUACGCUGCACCAAAGGCCGGGAGUAUGUCAAGGUGGUCCUCAGCGGAGGCAGGAUGGUGGGAGCGGUGCUGAUCGGAGAAACGGAUCUGGAGGAGACGUUCGAAAACCUGAUCCUCAACCAGAUGGAUCUGACGCCGUACGGAGAGGAGCUGCUCAACCCUGACGUCGACAUAGAAGACUACUUCGACUGAUCGCCGCAGCUUAGACUUUGGAAUAUCGCUGCAGACUGAAGAAAUUAUGCAAGUUUAGGGAUGCCGAUGAGGUAAUCGGACUUGAAGAAUGUCCAAGAAAAGGAAUCGUGCAUUCUGUCAUGUCAUGUUCAGAUAGUGAGAUACAGCUGUGUAUUAGCUGUGGUUAUCUGGCUGUUUGUAAAUCCAAAAAAUGUAUUUUUGCUGUAAAAAUUAAAUUAUUUGCAGAAACAUAUGCACUAAAUGGC